AUUAUAUAUUCACCUUUUCUGAUAAUAUUAUUAUUCACAUAUUUCAUUGGCAAUUUUUUUGGAAAAACAGCAAAUAAAUCGGUGUGUACUGGACAAAACUUUAGUAAAUAUAGUUUUGUAAGCUAAAGCCUAUGAAACUAUUUAUGAGACCACGUUAAUAAAAAGAAGCAUUUGGUUUUAUUGCCGCUGAAGCUGGUUUAGCUGGUGAACUAAGAUGGCAUCAACAAGCACUGCAACUGCGCCGUCCCAGGAUGCGUGCUAUAUUUCUUUACUUGGCUUAGCCGAACAUUUCCGUACAUCUAAGCCACCCAACAUUAAGAAAUGUAUUCAGUGUUUACAAGCGUUGUUCACUUUCCAACCUCCAACCAAAGUCGAGGCACGUACACACUUACAAAUGGGCCAAAUAUUAAUGGCAUAUACACUAAACACGGACCUAGCACGCAAUCAUUUAGAAACUGCUUGGAAGUUAUCAGAGACAUUGGUGCACUUUGAUGAUGUUAAGUUUGACACCGCUUCGCUAUUAGCUCAGUUGCAUGUGCAGUUGGAGCAGAAUUCUCAAGCAAAAGCAAUGCUCCGACGCGCUGUCGAAUUAUCACAACAUAAUGUUUUUUGGCACUGCAAAUUGCUUUUGCAAUUGGCGCAAAUACAUGCCUCAGAUCGUGAGUAUUCCUUGGCCUCUGAACUGUUGGCCGUUGGUGUGGAAUCAGCAGAAGAGACGGGUGCUACAUAUCUAAAAGUGUUAUUUCUUCUGUCACGUGCAAUGAUUUUAAUGAUUGAACGUAAAACGAACGAUGUAUUAGCAUUGCUAAACACUGCGGGCGCCAUUAUUGAUAAUAAUAUAAGUAAUGCUCAUCAGAAGGAAUACCUUAAAGUGUUUUUCCUCGUACUCCAAGUUUGCUAUUAUCUGGCGUUGGGCCAAGUAAAGACUGUAAAACCAAGCUUAAAGCAAUUGCAAACAUCAAUUCAAACUAUAAUGGCACCCAACUGGCCCUCGGACGAAGCAAUAUUUGGACAAAACGCUUUAGAAAUGUUUGUAUGGCUGCCAAAAGAGCAACUAUAUGUUUUAGUAUACUUAGUGACCGUAUCACACUCGAUGAUGGCUGGCUAUAUGGAUAAGGCACAAAAAUAUACUGAAAAAGCUUUAACACAAAUCGAAAAGUUGAAAGCUCAAGACGAUAAAUCCAUAUUAUCAGUUUUUAAAGUGAUAUUACUGGAGCACAUUGUGAUGUGCCGCAUGGUGAUGGGCAAUCGAAUUCUGGCCAUUACCGAAAUAGCAGCAGCUCGUGAUGUUUGUGUGGCAACUCCAAACCGCGGUCUACUUCGACGUCAUUCCGCACAAUUGCAUUGCUUACUAGGCUUGUACGCAAUGUCGACCAGCUUUUAUGAGCACGCAGAGCGACAGUUCAUAGCCUGCGUAAUGGAAACUUCAGAACGAGACCUAAAAUUAUUUGCCAAUUUGAACUUGGCAAUUAUUUUUCUACGAACAAAGCGCGAACAAGAUCUAAAACAGAUUUUAGACACCGUGUCCACAGAAAAUACCCACACGCAUAGCAGUCAAGCGCUAAUGGGAGGUUUUUAUUACGUACAGGGACUACAUGCCUUUCAUAAAAGCAGCUUUCAUGAGGCUAAGCGGUUCCUGCGAGAAACAUUAAAAAUGGCUAACGCUGAAGAUCUCAAUCGAUUAACGUCCUGCUCGUUAGUCUUACUGUCACAUGUUUUCCUAAGCAUAGGCAAUUCGAAGGAGAGUAUGAAUAUGGUAACACCUGCUAUGCAGUUGGCUUCAAAAAUACCCGAUAUACACGUACAACUGUGGGGUUCUGCCAUACUCAAGGAUCUCCAUCGAAUGUCUAAGGAUGUGUUGCACGAAAAAGAGGCAUUUGCCAACCAUGUGAAAUACUCAGAAAAUUUAAUUGCCGAUCAGAGAAAAUGCGUGCAAAGUGUCCAUCAUGCACUGAUUAAUUGGUUCAAUGCCGAGCCGCCAUCUACAUUUGCAAACAGUUCAGAUGAAAUGGGUGGUGGUGCAGUCGGCCAGAUGCCGAUAGUAAGGCACGUAAUAUAAAAUUUACAUCAUAAAUUACACGACAACAAAAGCUUAUACAUAUAAAAUAUUGUAAUUUUAUCUGGAUGAGAUGAACAGUAAUUUAAUUCCUUCAAAUCCAUUAGCAUUGAAAAGGAUUCCAACUUUAAUAAAUUAUCAAUUUUCAAUGAAA